UUCAGCUGCUGCACAGGCGAUACCAAUUCCUGAGAGACAACCUGGGGCAGGUUAUCAGUAUUCUACACCGAUACAUAUCCGAAGCAGAUCCAGUUCUCGUCCUCCAGACUUGCCUAAUCCACAAUCUACUGCCGGUCCUGUUGCUGGUCAUGACUAUCCCCGCAUCGUCGUCCGUUCCUCAAUCCCCCUCCCAGCUAAUCUCCUUAUCGCAGAAGCUAAAGCCGCACAAGCCACCCAAGCGAAAUUGGUACUAGCGGAAUCUGAUUCUGAAGAAAUCAAUAACAGCAAUGCUGUAGCUCAAUCACCGUCGUUGUUGAUUCCACCGAUUUCACCACCGGCACAUAGAGUCAACCCACAGCCAAGCGAGGGUGAACCGACGUAUUUGGUAAAGAUAUCAUGGCAUGGUGGAGGUAAAGAGGUGUUUCUAACACGUGCUGGGGACGAUGACUGGAAUGGUAGGAAGAAGAUGGAGAAGGAAGUAGAGGAAGAAGAAGAUUUCGAGGAGAAUUCGGAAAAACAAACCCACGAAUCCAUUAUCGCUGGUAAAGGCCCUACUCAGGUCUGUCACACCGGGACCACAUUCAGCACGAUUAUUGCACUCCCACGCGGAACUCACCACCUCCGCUUCCUCGUCGAUGGCCAAGCACGUGUAGCAGAUGAUUUACCUACCGCUGUAGACGAUAACGGGAGUUUAGCGAACUAUGUUGCCGUAGGGCUCGGCAGUGUGGGGGAUGCUGCUGCCGGGGACGCCGCGGGGGACAUUGCGUCGGGGGAUUCUCCGACGACGUUGGUCGUUGCAGAAGGUGUAGACGGUGCAGAAGUCGUUGCUGUUGCUGUCGACGACGUGGACGUCGUUGUGGCGCAACCGGAAAAGACUCCCCGACCUGGCGAUGAUCAUAUCUCUGAAUUUGUUGUUCCAGAUAUCCAUCCACAUCCCACCCGUGUUGACUCGCAUUCGUCGUUUUGGUCAGAGAACGAAUACACAGAAAGUCAUCCCCCCUCGUUGUCGUCUUCCCCUCAGACGGUUAUAUCUCCUUUGACUUCUAUUGAUCCGAAUGCAUCAGCAACUGUUAAUAACCUUCAGACACCUAUCAGGAUAAGAAAAGUUCCGUAUGCGCCGCGAUGGACUAGGGAGAUCCCGUUGGAGCUUUUGGAAGCGGCGGCGGAUGAGGAGAGUUAUUUAUCGUAUGAGAACGAGUUGGAGAAUGCACAUGCGUGAGUUAUUUACUUCAACUCGUUUGUAUACAAUAUAGCACUGGACG